AUGCAGAUCAAGGUAGUCCCAUCGAUUGAAUACGUCGUUGUUUCUCACGAUCCAAAUGAUGGUUUUACUCAAAAUCAGUGGUACCUUCUUCUUCAGGUUGUUGUGAGAGCACUUGAUUACUUAUGCCAUGAACCAAGCCGCUUGGAGGCCGAUGUGGUUGCUGGUUGCAGUUGCGUGGCUUCAGGCUUGAGUGGGCAGGGGCAGGGGUGCUUCUGUGGCGAGAGCACAGAGCGAGCUUGGGUCCCCACCGUUGGCCACAAACUGAAUCGACUGAGGGCCAGUGCGAAUCCGCAGAAGGGCGGAUCGCAUGCGAGCAGAGCCAUCGUCUCCUUUCGUCGCGACUCCAUCAAUUGGCACUUUAGUGCAACUGCACAGAAGGCCCACAGCCAGGAGGCUGAUCAGCCUCUGAUCUGCAGGCUGAUCCCUCGGGGGCAGAAGGCUGCUCCAUUUUCUCUAUCACAACCCCGAGAUCUCGGAGGGGGGGACGUUCCAGGCCUUCCAGAAGUGCACGUCUCGCUUCGGAAGGGCAUUCUCAAUCAGUCCCUCUUCUGA